AUGCAGGAUAAUCCAGUAUCUGAGAGCGAUUAUGACAUUUUACAAAAUCUCAAAUUUGACCGGAAUCAUCUUGACAGUGUGAAUGUGAGAAAUAAAACUGAGAUUCCAUUUGCAAAUACAUCUGUGAUCUCAGAAUCUAUUGAAAGCAAGUUGGUUUUGAGCAAACCAACAUCUCCCAGGGCAUUUGUAGAGUUACAUAAUGGAUUUUUAAAUAAAGAAGACAACAUUUCUGCGAUAUUCAGAUGGAACCAACCUGAAUUUGCAAAUGAAAUAAUACAAGGAUACACAGUGCAGUGUUGGUUCAUCGAGAAUCUAAAAGAAAUACAAAUCUGCGAUGACAAAAAUAUUUCAGCUAAAAUAUUGGAGCACACGGUGUACAAUCUAAAACCUAACACGACAUACUAUUUUCAAGCACGAGCGCAUACUAAAGUUGGUGCUGACCCUUACACAGAUUUGAUUAAUGUAUCGACUACGCACGAAAAUCCAAUACCGCAAUUAUUGAUGGUAACAAGAAAUGGUAUCGAUUUAUGGGAUAUGGAUUCAAAAAUCAAUGUUAAUCUCGUCAAAGAUAAGAAACAAGUGAUAGAUGUCACUUAUUCGAUAGCGGAACAUAAAAUUUUUUGGAGCAACAUAGGCAAAGAGCUAAUGAUGUUGGAGAUAAAUGAAAACAAUAUUACAAAAAUAGCUCAGCUUCAAAAUAUUGCGCGCCAUCUCUGCAUUGACUGGGUAGCAAGAAAUCUGUACUGGAUAGAAAGAAACUUGUUUUAUUUUGGUGACAUUAUAAAGUUCGACUUAACAAGAUGGCAAAAUGGCAUAGUCAAAUACAAUAAGAUACUGAAAAUAAGCAUCUAUGGUGACACUGGCGGUUUAACUUUACUACCCUCUACAGGAUUUUUAUAUUGGACAAAUUAUACUCAUAAUUAUAAUCAUUAUUUUGAUCCUCUGCCAGUGCAAUCGGAUCUUAACGGAAAAAAUGUUCGAAUUUUUCAUAAAGAUUUAUCUGUGUGUUCCCCUUUCGUACUUAAUAUGUUCAGUUUUCAUCAUAUAAAAAUUAGCAAUAUAAAUACUAAGGAGCCGCUAAUUUAUUGGCUAUUCGAUAAAUUUUUGUUAGUGACAGACUUUAAUGUUUCUAUAUGCAAUUUGAUUUUAAAUGUCGAAAAGAUUGGCAAAUCAUUCUUCAAAUCUUUAGACAUUGACAAAACAAAUAUUUACAUUGAUAUUAAAUACGAUAAUAAAAUUUAUGUUUAAAAAAAAUAUGCGCUUCUCGAGACUGUGGACGCAUUCAAAUACAUCCAAAAGGUAGAAUCAUCUUCUCCGAUAAAUAAAAUUCAUGCUUUCGGUAAAUCUUUGCAAUCAUAUCCUCCGACAAGAUGUCUGACACCUGAUAAAAAAGUUUAUAAUGUAGAAGAAUUGACGUACAUGGUAACGACAAACAGCAUCAUCGUAAAUAUUCCAGAGUCAAUCCCUAAGAGUGGAUGCAAAAAGUACAACUUACCUACCACCCUAUAUACCAUCAACAUCAUAAGCUAUUGCGUGGACAAUAAACUUAACGAGUUUGAUAAUUUCACCGUGCAAACAUACGAGCGAUAUUACGAGUUUCAAAAUUUAACAUCGCUUACAGAGUACAAGUUACUGCUAAUAAUGAGCAAUUUUUACUCCAAUCAGUUAUCGAUGGAUCCGUUAAUUGGCUCUGAAGUUAUACUGAGAACUAAACCGAGUAAGCUCGACGUACCGGAAAAUGUAACAGUUGAGGCUUUGACGCCUACUGUAGCGGCAGUUUAUUGGAUGCCAUCCAAGAAAUUAAAUUGCGUACCCGUGAUCUACAAAGUAUGUUGGAUGUUAAUUAUCAACAAUACGGGAGAAACAAACAAGUUACUUAUCAAUAAGACUGAAAAAUGUACAGUAGAUAGCAAAUUUUUCACGACAAUCGAACCAUUGAUACCAGAACAGCAAUACAGGGUAUACAUACGCGUGUAUUCAGUCAACUCCAAUGAUCAUUAUAAUGACAGUUCAAGCGAAAUUUUAUAUAUGUAUCCGGAACCAAACAAUAUAACUUUGAACAAUGUUAGCACAAACAGUAUGGAUAUUUUGUGGAUUCCUAGUGUAAAUUUAACAAUUGAUUACAUAUUGCAAUACAAAAAUGUUGAGGAGCAAGAAUGGCAAAUUGCAAGAAACUUUGAGCUGAGUAAUGGAGAAAAAGUAAUGUACUAUAUAAAAAACUUAUUAUCAGGAACUCGAUACGUGUUUCGUUUGAUAUUAAGAUAUCCAAAAUAUGAGAAAAACUCUACGUGGCCUUCUGAUGAAAGAAUUGUUUUUUCAACACUGACAAUAUAUCGAGAUUACAAGGUAUAUCGAGAUUACAAGGUAAGUAAAAAAAGAAAAAAAGUUUUGGCUGAAAUAAAUGCAUUAGAGAUUGUACCUAAAAUGCCUAACAGUAACGUACAAUUCAAUACGUUAUACAAUCCUGUGUUGCAACAUAAUUCGGAUGAAAAUGUAUUGACUGAAAUCAAACGUGAGGAUAUCAGCGUAGGAAAACUUUUAGGCCGCGGCGCAUUCGGAGAGGUUUUUCGAGGAAAAGUACAGAAUUUAGGAAAUUUGGGUAUAGAGAUAUCCGUUGCGAUAAAAAAGCUUAAAAAAAAUGCUUCUCCGCAAGAGAAAGAAAAGUUCUUAGAAGAGGCCAAGCUUAUGAAUAACUUCCGACAUAAACAUGUGUUAAGAUUGCUAGGCGUUUGUUUAGACCAAGAUUCUCCAUUAAUUGUACUGGAAUUAAUGGAGGUUGAUCUGCUACAAUAUUUGAGAGACUGUCGAAAAUUACAAUCGUCAGAUUCGGAAAAUCUGCGACUGCAAGAUUUGCUCGCUAUGUGCGAAGAUGUUGCGCGAGGCUGUUGCUAUCUGGAAAAUCAACGUUUUGUUCACAGAGAUCUCGCAUGUCGAAAUUGUUUAGUAUCCGAUAGAAAUCGUGAGAAUCGUGUCAUUAAAAUUGGCGAUUUUGGACUGGCUAAACAUAUUUACAAGGAUGACUAUUAUCGCGUGAAAGGAGAAGCUCCUCUUCCUGUUUGCUGGAUGGCACCGGAAUCUUUGACGGUCGGAACAUUUACUUCCCAGAGCGACGUUUGGUCAUUCGGUGUUCUAAUGUGGGAAAUUACAUCGUUGGGUGAACGUCCCUACACUGGCAAGACUAACGAGGAAGUGAUAGAUUAUGUACGUGCUGGAGGCAGGUUGCCAAUGCCUGUCAAUUGUCCACCGAUUUUGUACAAGUUGAUGCUGCAUUGCUGGAGUCCUGCGGAUUAUAGACCAAACUUCAAAGUUUGCCUCAAAAACAUUAAAGCUCUAAGAAAUAACAUAAAAGAUACUUUAUUAAAUCCAGUGGAUGUUAUCUAGAUGUUAAAAUUAAAUUUAUUAAUAUCAUUAUUUUUUAAAUCCAAUAAGAAGGGGAAAUAUAAAAAAAAUAAUUUUAAAUAAUUCAUUUCUGCCGUUUUCAUAUUUAAUUUUAAUAUUAAAUUUAUCAAUAAAGAUAAGAAAAACAUUUUUUAAUCCUAUUUUGCGAGAAUUUUGAUAAUUAAAAAUCACAACACAUGUCUUUACAACUGUAAACAAGUGUGAAGCUGAUCUUAUCACUUAUGAGUAACCCAAACAAAACUUAAUGAUUUUUAUUACUAUAAUUAUUGAUAUAUUGUUACAGUAGUAUUAAAAACGAUGACUAUUUUAUA